CACUUCCAAACAACAACUGUGACCUCGGAGCCGUCCCGAACUGCGGGGGCAAAACGCCUGCGUUGGCUGGCCUACGUGCUAAAACGUCGUCAGAAAUAUCAACUGUGAUCUGAACUGUACACUUCGAGCAGAAGCGAUGGAGUCGCUGCCCAAGGAGGAAACCCUGCAGCUGCGGCUGAAGCACUACGGACCUUCCUGUAAGCUGUUUUUCAAGGAGAACCCAAUCAAGAUCGUCCGUGCAGAGGGACAGUACAUGUAUGAUGAACAGGGGAAGCAGUAUCUGGACUGCAUCAACAAUGUGGCACAUGUGGGCCACUGCCACCCUACAGUUGUUAAGGCAUGCACAGAGCAGAUGUCGGUGUUGAACACAAACUCCAGAUUUCUCCAUGACAACCUGGUGACGUAUGCCAAGCGCCUCACCGCUACACUCCCUGACAAACUGUCUGUCUGCUACUUCGUCAACUCUGGUUCAGAGGCAAAUGACUUGGCCCUGAGGUUAGCAAGGACAUACACAGGAAACUAUGAUGUUGUUGUGAUGGACAAUGGAUACCAUGGCCAUGUAUCGUCCCUUAUUGACAUCAGUCCUUACAAGUUUAACCACACAGGUGGGGAGGGACAGAAGCCAUUUGUUCAUUUGGUACCUGUACCAGAUGUCUACAGAGGUCUCUACCGUGAAAAUGUACCUGAGGUUGGGAAGAAGUAUGCCAUGGAGGCAAAGCAUGUCAUUGAUGGUGCUCGUAAGCGAGGGAGAAAGAUUGCUGCUUUCAUUUCGGAGUCUCUACAAAGCUGUGGGGGCCAGAUUAUCAUGCCACAAGGCUACUUGCGGGAGGUGUACAAGCACGUGCGAGAGGCUGGAGCAGUGUGUAUUGCAGAUGAAGUACAAGUUGGCUUCGGCAGGGUGGGCUCACAUUUCUGGGCUUUCCAGGCAGUCGAUGACGAGGCCUGUCCAGACAUUGUGUCCAUGGGAAAGCCGAUCGGAAACGGGCAUCCCAUGUCUGCUGUUGUAACAACACCAGAAAUCGCAGAGGCCUUCGGAGCAACAGGAAUGGAGUAUUUCAACACAUUUGGAGGCAACCCAGUCUCGUGUGCCAUUGGCCUGGCUGUGAUGGAUGUGAUUGACAAGGAGGACCUGAUGGGGAACGCCGGCCGAGUGGGCAACUAUCUCAUGGAGGGAUUCAGGAAGCUGGGAGAGAAGCACGACAUCAUUGGUGAUGUCAGGGGCCUUGGCUUUUUCAUUGGAGUAGACCUGGUUAAAGACAAGACCAGCCGUGAACCGGCCACUGCUGAGGCACAACACGUCAUUUACAGGAUGAAGGAGAGGUACAUUCUCUUGAGUACAGACGGCCCCCAUCGGAACGUGCUAAAACUGAAGGGUCCCAUGUGCUUCACUACUGAGGAUGCUGACAGGGUGUUGGUCAAUCUCGACCAAGUGCUUACUGAGAUUGAAGGUGCAAGAACCAGGAAACAUGCCCUGUUACCUGCAAAGGUUGUGGCUGCGAGUAGCAACAAUACCUUGGAGCAUCUCCCGGAACAUACAAUGUUUACAAAGGACGUGCAUUCCAAGAGAAGUGGACCAAUUUUCACGGGUUCACAUACGCUCAGCCAUGACGCCGUGUUUGGAAACAUCAAACGGCCAUCGGACAAUGACAGUGACAAUGAUGAUGAGGCCAAGCGGCAGAAGACAUGGGCUGGGGUGGAUUAGUUCUUCUUUGCCACUUUGGACAUUUUGCCAUUUUAGUUCUCUCAAUUCAUAGGAUCAAAGCCAAGUGACUCUUGCAGUGAAUUGACUAUGCGUGCUUCUUGGUCUCUUUCGAUUCUACUCAGAUCCUUGAAUUUAGGCUCCUAUGUUGUGCAUUGCUUAGGCUUGGAAAAAGUAAUGUUGUGUUUCAGAUUAUGGUCCUGAAAAAACUAGGGUAAGUAGGUAGGGAUUCUCUUGAAUACAAUGAAUUUUUAUCACUUUUAUCUAUUGCAGAAAUCAGAAUAAACAUGUUGGAAAACGAUUCUACAACAUUUUUAUGUCUCAGAAGUCAGUUCAAAAAUUUUAUAUCUCUUGCCAGGGGUUGAUCCUCCAAUAAAAGGCUAGGGUCAACCAUGGAGGUUUAAAAGCGUCUUUUAAACCUUGGGUCAACAGGCUUUUACUAUGGUUGGAAACACAACAUCUUUUUCAAAGGCCCUAAUGCUUCUCAAAAACCUUCCAUGAUGUCAGUAGUUGAGAUUGUGUUGUCUUUCUUCUUUAAAAUUUAUUCCUAAGGUCAGGACAUAAAUGUGAUAUGAUGAUCUGAAUCAUAAUAUGCCGACAGUCAACAUACAAAUAACAGUCAAUAUAAAUGAUUGAUAAGUAAUUAAGUCACUUUUAUCCUAUAAAUAAUCUCCUACUUAAUACCAAAAUAGCUAAAGAACAAAGUAUCCAUACCCCUGAGUCAGAGUUAUAUUAUGGCUGUAACAGACAGCAUUUUAAAAGUUGGACAAUUCCUGUUAAAGUGGAAAAAGCAUGCUGCAAUGGUGACAUGUACAGAAAUAAAUGUAUAUCCUCUUGGACUCCCACAACUAUAUGCAAUUUCUAAUAAUCCUAUGAUAUUAUAUAUCAUAUAGAUUGAUGACAUUUAUGAAGUCGGUAGACAGUGCCAUACGGAAUGUAAAUGAAAUGUGUAUGUGCACAAUAUGUUAUCUAGUACACUAUGCUUCAUUGUGUAAAAUAAUUCUGUCUGCCAAGCUUCCAGAUAGAAAUGUGGGGCUACUUCACAGAAUACCUUGCACUAUAACACAAUGAAAUCAGUAAAAAUUAUACCUGUAUUUUUAUCAGCAUACAGUAACUGUAUGUGGACUAAGUACUGGAAUCUAUAUCAACUUGACCUUUUGAUUAAGGGCAACGUGAGAAAAAUCUAUUACAAUGUUGUAGCAUUUUACCUUUGAGUUGAGCUCAGCAGGGUGGAUAUUAAUUAAAUGAACUUUCAAUGUUUUAUUGCUGUUUUGUGCUGAUUCUUAGGUAUUGAUCUGAACUUAUGGUUUAUAUGUUAAGGGUAUGUAGUGGAAAGAUUUGUUCUUAUGUUGCCUCUGACAUGUACUUAAAUGAUGAAUAUGGCUGCAGAUUGUUGAAAAAUUUCAGUUAACUAGUUAUCAAUCAUAGUUUUAAUAUACUAGUAGUGUAACCAAUGCGGUGUAACCUGGUCUUAAGCAGCUUGACUUAUUGUGACCUUUUCACAGUUUUAUAUCCACUAUGUGGUAUCGUUAUGUAGCUGCAGCGUUCUAUUGCAUCAAGAUGUUAUGAUUAUACUACUUGCUUUUCUAAAUUUGGCAGUUUUCAUUAUAAUGCUGAAAGGAAUUGGAACAUUUUCCCAAGAGUGGAUUGAAGUCAGAUUUAUUUGUUUGGCUUAAUUGCUUCUCACUAUGUUUAAUAAAUCUGCA